AACAACUCAAGGAGACUCUAGACACCUUUUUCCUGAAUUACACGGACUCAGGUCCUAUAACCUUCUAUAUGCCAGGCAAUGAUAUGGAGUAUUUCCUUUAUGUCGAUAACAUAGAAAAUUACCCCCAGACACUUCUCGGCUAUUCUCUAGAGGCAUUUUUGAACACUUCUGAAUUCGAAAUACUCACCUCUCUUCAAGCAGCCGCCGUUUAUCGGCAUUCACCGACAUAUCUCUGGGCAUUUUACGGCACCGCUAUUGGUGCCUCCACCAUUGUCUCCAUCAUUGCGAUGACUCUGGUCUAUUCCCAUGGGGCUCCAAGUGCCAAAGGGUUCUCUCAUCUUUUAGUCAUGACUCGAAACCCUAGCCUUCUUCGUAUCGUGCAAGAGGCGCCACUUGGUGCUCAUCAACUCACUGAUAAUAGGCAGGACAUCAACCUAAGGUUCGGAAGACUUGGAAAACGGUAUGACAAUGACAUAGAGAUGGUCGGGUUUGGCGUCGACAAAGAGGAUACUGUGUCUCCUUUGACAAAACCAAAGGCGGUCGAACUUUGGGAGGAAUA